AUGACCGCCGCCUGGAGGAGCGUUUUCACUUACAACAAGUUUGCGCAAAUUACUGCUCGUGCAGUGCGCAACUCUCUGAAGGAGGAGCAGCGUGUUCUCGCUGAGAAGCGUGGCCAGACGUCGGUCCGAUACCAGCAAUGGCAGAACGGAAAGGGUGGUCCUCAGUUCUGGUGCAAUCCAACCGGCUUCUCCCUCGCUACAUCCAUCCAUCCAUCCAAUUCACCAAUUCAUACCCGUACCCAUAUCCGGAUUUGUGGUUAUGACUUGACUCUUGAAGGAACUUGCGCUUCGCUCGCCCACCUGGUGCCCACUGCCUACAAGCAAACCUUUUCGCCCUUGACCCUUGCGACCUUGACCCUUGAUCUCAGUCGCCCUUUCCCGUUCCCAGACAGGGCCUUGAGGUUGACGCGUAGGGCCCUGCGUCGCCAGGCCAUUCGGGACGUGCAUAGUUCUCCAGUCGUCAGACUAAAUCAACGACACAUCGUUACCAACCCAUUAAUUGACCUGACGCCCAACUUGGAUACCUCAGGAUCAGGAAGUAGGAGCGGGAGUCGGGGUGGCAGGAUUGAUAGAGCGCUUGGUCGGAUCUCUGGGAUCUCGAGAAGAGUCUUCCGCCUAUCGAGUUCGGGUUCAAGUUCGAGGGCUAGUGGAACUGCGGAUACCAUCCAAACGAGUUCAAUCUCGAAGGCUUCCCCGGGGUCUACGCCGGGAAAAGGUGAUUUGCCUGAAACGACUAGCUCCAUCGAAACCACCCUCGAGAUCUCCAUAACUGAGGGUUUCUCAAACUCGACUGGGUCUACCUUUAGGAGAAGCGCGGAUGUAGAACAGGAUAUUGCGCGGUUACAGCUGGGGUAUGUUCUGCAGGAGAACGAGGAGUUGAAGGCGUUGGUUGAGGGGUUAAUCGAGCUUUCCGAGAUCGUUCGUUCCUCAAAGGUAGCAGAGAUCUCCGAGUUGGAGGAAACAUUCCAAGCCUCAGCUCGUUUUACGCUCCACUUGGCCGUAUUAUUGAAUGCAGAUAGGGAGGAGAGUAGAGCGGUUGGUGUCGUAGCUGCCAAAGCCUUCUCCAAAGUCAUGAUCACUGGAGGUUCCUUCGAAUGUCUGACGAUCCAGGAAGCCAAGGAGCGGUUAACAACGCAAGUUUCGGAAGAUGACAAGGAGGAGGUGAAGAAGGAGGUGAAGAAGGCGCUUGGGGAUGGGAUGAAGGAACUCGAGAUCUCGCACCCAGAACUCCUCAACGCGGCGCACCAAGGCGAUCCCAACCACCCUAAUAAGCCACCAUCGACUAGCCUCUCGCGCAUCUUCCAUCCCCUUCUAGCAUCCAGCAUAACCGUCCUAGACACGCUCAAAGAUGUCAGCCAGGUUACACCUGAACCGGCUCUGAAACCUGUGUUUGGGAGUGUGGUGGUACUGUUGAAAGCUGUCGAGCAAACUCGAGCAAACGCAGAAGAAAUCCGCCAAAUCUGUAGGAUGGCGGGAAGUUUUGCGGUUUCCCUCGCCCCAGUUUGCAUGGACAAGAGCCUCGUGAAUGCGAAACUUUCUCCUCGAUUUUACAGGUGUUUGGAAAUAUUCGAGAGAUGUUUCGAGCUCAGCAAGAAGAAUGUCGCGCUCAGGUUCCUGCAGAACUCGGCGGACAAGGGCGAGAUAGAUUCGUUGCGGUUGGAAUUAGAACAUUCCAUUCAGAAGUUCCAGAUCGAAAACCAAGUCCUGAUGCAAUUCGACUUGAAAGCGUUCUCGGAUACUAUCCACGAGAAAUUAGACCAAGACGCAGUCACAGCCCUCCCCACACCACCCACGCACGUCGGGCUCACCGACGACUACCUCGAACACAGCCGCACCCCAACCCUCCAAUCUAUCCUCCAAUGGCUCGACUCCACCGCCUCCCCUUCUCUCGUCCUCUGGCUCCACGGCGGCCCCGGACUCGGCAAAUCCACGCUCACCCACAAACUCGUCGACACCCUCCGCGGCGGCGGGCGCCUCGCCUCCUUCGCCUUCUUCACCCGGGGGAAGAACAGAGAUGUCAUAACGACGAUUAGGAUGAUGGGGCGGGAGCUGGCUGGGAUGCACCCACGGGCGUAUGCGUGUGUGGCGAAGGCUGCGAGGGGGUGUAGCUCGGGGCAUGGAAGUGUGCUGGAGUAUUUGCAGGCGUAUAUCCUUGAUCCGGUGAGGGAGCUUAAUCUCCCUUACUCCCUCCUUGUCGUGCUGGAUGCGUUGGAUGAGUGGGAGCACUGUGAAGCGCUCCUUAAGCAACUCGAGAACCUCUCUUCGUCUCCUUCACCAUCUACUUCCUCUUCUUCUUCCCCCAACGCACGUCCGAGUCCCACCCACCACCCAGUCAAAUUCCUCCUCACAAGCCGGCGCACCCAAACGAUCACACGAGCCCUGCGCAACGUCCCCGCCCACACACUCGAGCUUCCUCCACUCUCUCAAACAGUAAUGCAAGUCUAUUUCGAGAAAAGGUUCCAAGAGAUAGACUGGGACGGGCGGAACCCGCCUUCGAGUGCGGCCGAGAGGCUUGCGGAGCUUUCGAAUGGAUUACCGGUGUGGGGUGCGACAGUCUGCGCGAUCCUGUCGUCCGACUCGUUCAAUCGUCCACCUGCGUACGUCCUACUGGAGGAGAUCCUCGCUUCUGGCAGUCGAGUAAGCGCGGAUAAGCGUCUGUGGACUUUAUAUCACACUGGACUUUCGGGGCUGCUCACACCGGAUUCGAAUACCGAGGAGGAUCGGGAGAUCCUAAUGAAGGUUCUAUCGCAUAUGUUUGUUUUACAGGAAUCCGUGAGUGUCUCGGCGUUUGCGAACUUGGUGCAGCUACCGGAGAUGACGGUUCGGAGGGUGCACGAGAGGCUGCAGGCGCUGCAGACGAGGGGUACGUUCUCCAAGGACACGAUCGAACCCAUGUCUAGCCGGUUCCAUGCGUCGUUUAUGGACUUUCUCACCGCCCCUUCCACUCCCUCUCCACCGCUCGCUUCCCCGUAUUCCGUCUCGAAUUCGAAUUCCUCUGCCACCAGCUUCAGACUGGAUGUGGCUGAAGCCCAUCGUCGCGCAGCAGAGAGGUGCCUCGCAUUGGUUAUUCAAGUUGGCACCUCCGAUUCUUCUUUAUCGGCCACUGGUACACCGCUUCCUCGCCGCGGUCUGCAUCGCUAUGCGAUCAAGUAUUGGCCGUACCAUGUGGCCAAUGGGACAGAUAGGUUUCAACCUCUGCCAGAAACUUUGGAGGCCCUGUUGGAGAAGUUUACGCCAGCCGUUGCGGAGUGGUGGAUGGAGAAGCUGGUACAGGAGAAGGUCGUCGCCCAAUCAGUCGACUAUGUGGAGAGCGAGGGCGAGGAUGGGGAUGGGGAUGGGGAGGACGAAUCAGAAGAGGGCGAACCUGACGAUGCAGUGGAGGACGAUGCCCAAGCCGUAGUGGACCGUCUGGCAGAAGUCGCCGAUAUGGCCAACGACGAGUACUCCAUCGGGGAUCCAGGCUGGUGGUGGUGGAACGUCCACUGUCUCGAAGUCGCUGUGCGCAUCCAAGUCCACAAACCCGACAUUGACAACUGGGUAGACCUUGGCUGGUGCUACGCCAACGCGCACCAAUCAACGGCUUCGUCCAAGUACCUCGACGACGCACUCGCCAUCUUCCGACACGCAGUGGGGAUGAAGCGCAGCUGGAGGACGCUCGACAGUCUAGGCCAAACGCUCUCCUCCAUCUUCGAAGAUCGGAACGACAUGAACGCGCUCGAAGAAUCCAUCUCCCUCCAUCGGGAAUCUCUCGCCGACACUUCCUCGUUGAAGCACAGCGAACACGCAACCUCGUUGGUGAACGUCGGCACCGCUCUGCAAUGGCGGUUCGACAGAUUAGGGAGGAGUGAGGAUUUGGACUCUGCGAUCCAGCUGUACCGCCAGUCACUCACACUCGUCGCGGACGACGACCCCGAGAAACCGAUCUCCAUCAUCAACCUUGGCAAUGCACUUUGCGCUCGCUUUGUUCGGCAGAGUAUUGUCGAGGACCUCGACGAGGCUAUACGACUCCUCCGAUACGGGCUCGAGAUCUGCCAAAGCGACGAAGGAGGUGACACCAAACCGAGGCUACUCACGAACCUCGUGCAGAUCUUGCGCUUCAGCUACUACAAACGAGGCAACAUUGGUGACUUGGAGGAGGCUAUCCGGAUAAACCGAGAAGCGCUGACCCUGGAUCGCGGCCAGGGUCGACGCCACUCCCUCAUUUGCCUUGUUGGCUGUUUGACAGCCUGGUUCGAGCGCUCCGGGGAUCUGCAAGACAUCGACGAGGCGAUUCGAAUUUCGAGGGAAGCCCUGGCCAUGUGUCCUGGCAAACACUCCGAGCGGUAUGGGGCAUUAUUGGAUCUAGGGAGCAGCCUCAAGGCUCGGUUCUUAUCGCAGGGAGGAACGGAAGAGCUCGAAGAAGCGGUAUUGGUGAACAGGGAAGCGCUGGAGCUUUGCGCGGGGAAUCACUCAUUUCGUUACCUCGCGUUGACGAACCUCAGCAUCACGCUACGGUUGCGAUUCGACUUGCUGGGUGAUGGAGACGACUUGGACGAGGCGAUCUCCCUUGCUUCGGAGGCGUUGUGUCUCUGUCCUCACCCUCAUAGUGGUCGUUCCUCUGCACUGGUGGCCUUGGCUGAAGCUUUUCAAACUCGAUUCAUCCAGGAGGUGUCAGAGGAAGACAUCGAACAGGCCAUCAAACUCGGUCAUGAGGCGCUGGAAUUACGGCUAGGUGCUGAUCCUGAACGCUGGGAGGCACUCACCAGCCUGGCGAAAGCGCUCGAAAUGCGGUUCAUCCACCAAAAUGACGAAGGCGAGGACGAUGACAGGGAGGAAGCGAUAUCGCUGAACCGAGAAGCUGCUGCCUUGUGCCCGCCUCCACAUCCAGGUCGAUGGAGGACGCUGACCAACCUUGCUAGCUCUCUCCUCCAAGGUCGGGACGAAGAGGGUCUGCUACUGGAACGGGUCGAGGAAUCUGUGAACCUGAAUCUGGAAGCGCUCUCCCUAUGCCACCGUCACCACCCAUAUCGGCGUCUUGUCUUGGCCAAUCUGGGGAGGGCACUGAGAAGGCGUUUCCAGCUUACACAAUCCUCGGAGGACAUCGGAGCGGCGAUCCCAUACUCAAUGGCUGACUGCAAGCUAGGGUAG